CUUCCGUACCGGGCUUUUGUGGGGCGGGGGUUCGGGGACUGCUUCCCAGGCCCAGGUUCUGGGAGGAGUGUCUGACAGUUGGCACGGCUGGGAGGGCGACCCGGCGGCGCGAGGGUGCGGGCCGGGUGGGCCAGGUUCAUUAUGAGAAGUAGCUGAGAUGUGGCAAUCCUCAGUUCCUGGUACAGACUAAACCCUCAGAGGGACCUGCUCCAUGGGUGUCGGAAUCAGGGAGAACUUGUUUUUGAAUCUCAGUAAGGCUCCCGGGAACAGGAUCAAGGCCAGAGAGACGAUGGUCUCGGUGACUAUGGCCACUUCCGAAUGGAUCCAGUUCUUCAAGGAAGCCGGCAUUCCUCCGGGACCUGCUGUUAAUUACGCUGUGAUGUUUGUGGAUAAUCGGAUCCAGAAGAGCAUGCUGCUGGAUCUCAACAAGGAAAUCAUGAAUGAGCUGGGUGUGACUGUGGUGGGUGACAUCAUUGCCAUCCUUAAGCACGCCAAGGUGGUGCACCGCCAGGACAUGUGCAAAGCUGCCACUGAGUCUGUGCCCUGCAGUCCCAACCCCCAGAGUGAGCUUCGCCGUGGUGCCUCUAGUGCCGCCUCUCGAAUGAUUGCCAACAGCCUAAACCACGACUCCCCACCACACAGUCCCCCAAGGCGGCCAGACACCAACACCUCCAAGAUCUCUGUCACUGUGUCCAAUAAGAUGGCAGUGAAGAGUGCCAAAGCAGCUGCUUUGGCCCGCAGGGAGGAGGACAACCUGGCUGUUCCUACCAAGCGGCGCCGGGUCACGGCAGAGAUGGAGGGGAAGUACAUCAUCCACAUGCCCAAGGGUACCACCCCUCGCACUCGCAAGAUCCUGGAGCAACAGCAGGCAGCGAAAGGUCUCCACAGGACGUCUGUGUUUGAUCGCCUUGGCGCUGAAACCAAGGCGGACACGACAACGGGGACUAAGCCCACAGGAGUUUUCAGCCGCUUGGGGGCCACCCCAGAGAUGGAUGAGGAUCUGGCCUGGGACAGCGAUAAUGACAGCAGCAGCUCUGUCCUUCAGUACGCCGGGGUCCUGAAGAAUCUAGGACGGGGCCCAGCCAAGGCCAGUUCUCAGCCAGCACUGACUGUCAAAGCCAAGGCCACAAGCUCAGCCACCACGACAAUGGCUGCCCCCCCUGCGCUGCGGCGCCUGGCACUUUCCUCUCGCCCUGGGCUGGAGAAGAAGCCAGAGUCCCAACCCAAAGUCAGCAUCAUUCAGAGACUGGGCAAGGCUGCCGCUGUGCCUGAGGCCCAGGACAGCCAGGUCACAAGCACCAAGAGUAAGUCCUCAGCUGAGGUCAAGUUCACCAUUAAGAGGACUCUGGUGGGGCCCCGGGGAAACAGCUCCAGCGAGAGCCUUGGUGCCCAGAUGGACCAUGCUGGCACUGUGAGCGUGUUCAAAAGACUGGGCCGCAGGACCUUCUAGCUGGUACACAGGGUUGGGUGGACCUUCUAGCUGAUACACAGAGCUGCGGUCGGCCACCCUGGCCCCUUCCAGCCUCUCAUGAGGGUUCAUCUCCCCUCCCUGCCAGUUCUAGAUGACCUGGGGCUCGGCUCCCUCAAGUGUUCACACUGGUCCCAAACACUUGGGGAUUCAGGCAUUUUUCCUGGUCUUUGAUGUUCCUUGCCCACUCUGGAACUCUUCCCCAUUCUCCUGCCUUCUGUUCUCUGCCCUCCAGCUGUGGCCUUGGCAUACUCCCCUUUUCUACCUCUCCCCAAGGCCAAGUGCCCUGCCCCUUCCAUGCAUUCCGCCUUCCCCCCUUUCCAGCAGCACCUGCUGCCUCACAUCCACCUGUCCCCUUGCCUCCGUGCAAAGAGGUGUUACCUGGAGGGACUCCCUUUUCCCCACCCUGUGACUACCUCCUUCCUCUGCCCCUUCCCUGCUGGGUGUCUCCGUGUCUUCACUCUUUUCAUUUCUCUUCUGUUUUCUGUCCCUAUGGCAAGGCCCGACCGUCCGCUGCGUCCUGCCCAACCCUCCUGCACCUCUGGCCUCCCAGCGGCCCCCUCGUCGACGGUGGCGUCGAGCUUGUAGAGACUGUUAGCCGCCCUCCAUUCCCAGGCUGGAGGGACCCCCCCAGACCCUGGGCUGCAGCCGGGGCUCCUCCGUUUCCCUGCCCUGGCCGUUUUUUUCUUUUAUGGGUGGUGGGCAAGGGGCAUUGGGAAGGGAGAGAUUUCUGAGAGAUGACAGCUGUUUGAAUAUAUUUUUGUGACAUCCAAAACGUUUCCUUACCCUCCUUCAGCGUGAGUCACAGAUCUGUUCUUCAUACCAACACAGUGAGGGGUGGGCGCUGGGGAAGGGCUGGACCCAGAGCUCCUUCAUGCACCAGGCCCUGGGUUGAGGGGAGUCAUGGUCACAGUCACCGCUCAGCUAAGCCACCUCCUCUCCUACAAGCUCUGUCACUGUGGCUUUCCCCAGGGGUUCAUCUGCUCCUGCCACUCUGCCUUUUGGUUGCUUUCUUUCCUUUGUUCUUUUUGUUUGUUUUAUUUUUGUUGUUGUUGUUGG